AUGUUCGAUUUAAUUAAGGGACGCGGUCGCACUGUGUUUGCAUCACGCGAUGCAGUCAUUUACUUGUUCAACAGUUUUCGCUAUUUGGGCAUCAAUCCACCGGACAAAUAUCGCAUACCAUAUUUUCUGUACUCUGCAAUUAUAACAUUCUUCGCCGUACUCUUCUCGCCGGUCAUUUUCAAUGUCGGUUGGUUGCGUGAUCGCAAUAAACUCUCAGUCAUGGAGAUAUUAACUUGUGUGCAAGCCUCAUUGAAUGUUAUGGCGGUGCCGCUUAAAUGCAUCACUUUGGCAAUGGCACAGAAUCGUCUACGCAGCAUUGAACCGAUGGCCAAUGAAUUGGAUGAUUAUUACAGACAACCAGCGGAUAAGGUUAAAAUAAAGAAAUGCGCUGUAACGGGUAAUCGUCUGGUAUUCGGAUUUGCGGUAUCAUAUCUUAUGUAUGAAACAUUGACUGUUGUCUCUGCAUUGGUUGGUGGUCAUGCACCCCUAUCGCUUUGGAUACCGCACGUCGAUUGGCACAGAUCCACUUGGGAAUAUUGGUUGCAAGUUAGUUUUGAUGCAGCCGUACUUUUCUUUUUGCUCUACCAUCAAGUAUUGAAUGACUCAUAUCCGGCGGUUUACAUCUACAUAAUACGUACACAAGUACAAUUGUUGGCGCAUCGUGUGGAGAAUUUGGGUUAUGACGAAACUAAGAGUGAUGAUGAGAACUAUAAAGAUUUAUUGGAGUGCAUUGUCUUACAUCAGAAGAUACUCAAAAUCGUCAGCAUUGUGGAGCCUGUAGUAUCUGUUACAGUAUUCACACAAUUUUUGGUCGCUGCUGCUAUACUUGGUGUAACCAUGAUUAAUAUUUUCAUCUUCGCCGAUCUCACGACGAAAAUCGCUUCGGUCACCUACUUCUUUUGCGUUCUCCUACAGACUUCGCCGACAUGCUAUCACGCUUCGUAUUUACUUGCCGAUUGUGAUGAGCUGCGUUUAUCGAUUUUCAACUGCAAUUGGAUUGCGCAGAAUAAGCGUUUCAACAAUUUACUUAUUUAUUUUUUACAUCGCUCACAGGAUUCUAUACCUUUUUUCGCCUUAAAAUUGGUGCCCAUCAAUUUGGCUACUAAUUUGUCGAUCGCUAAAUUUUCCUUCACGCUAUUCACUUUCAUACAAGAAAUGGGUCUGGGUGAGAACUUAAAGGGUUAG